UUUCUUGUGCUUGCUCAGAAAGACAAACCUUUUGGUUUUGCUACUUCCGUCCUCAAACUUCUUCGCGGCCACUUCUCUAAUAACCCCGCCGUUGGAUUCCUCUUCGUUCCCGGCUCGUAUUCCUUCCUCUCCGCUCUCUCUCCCUCUCUCUCUCUCUCCGGCGACGAUCUGAUCUGGCUUCCGCCGGUUAGAAGAGAAACUAUAUACGGAAACUCACGGAGCUUGGCAACGAAGAAGUGGCUAGAGGAUCUCGAGAUAUACUGUAAAGCUUCAGAAGCAACCUGUAGUUUUCUUAAUCGAAGUGACGAUCUGUCCAAUUCCCUCGCACUUAGGGAUCCUCUCUCAAGCUGCCUCGAAUCGAGAAUUCCCGGUGGAAUUUGAUAGAUAAAGCAAUGGCGAAAAUUAGGGAUAGGAACGAGGAUUUCAAAGAUGCCGUGAGGCACGCGGCCGUCUCCGCGGGAUACGACGAGUCGAAAUUGGCAGCAAUUAUGGCGUCUUUCAUCAUUCACAAGCCCAAGCAAUCGUCGCCUUUCACCAGAGCUGCAUUGAAAACGUUGGAAAGCAUUGGAGCUCUUGAACAGUUCAUGUUGAAGCAUAGGAAGGAUUACAUGGAUAUGCACCGAACCACUGAGCAGGAACGAGACAGCAUCGAACAAGAGGUUGCUGAGUUUGUCAAAGCAUGCAAAGAACAAAUUGACAUACUUAAGAAUAGCAUAAGCAAUGAAGACACGAAUGCCAAAGGGUGGCUUGGUAUUAGGGCUGACAGCUCCAAUGCCGAUACAAUAGCACACAAGCAUGGUGUGGUUUUGAUUUUGAGUGAGAAACUUCAUGCUGUUACAUCAGAAUUUGAUAAGUUAAGGGCGAUACGUUUCCAAGAUGCUAUUAACAAAAGGAUCCCGAGAAGAAAGCAAAAGCAGGUUGUAAAUCCAAGCUCUACCGUUGCAUCUGGAAUACUAGAUCAGCCGGAACUAAAAGAGACUGAUGAAACUCGGUUGGAGCGUCCUAGACUUCAGCAACAAUUGUUGGAUGACGAAACUCGUGCACUUCAAGUGGAGUUGACUAAUCUCUUAGAUGCAGUUCAACAAACCGAAACCAAGAUGGUGGAAAUGUCUGCAUUGAAUCAUCUCAUGUCAACCCAUGUUCUGCAGCAAGCACAACAGAUAGAACAUCUGUAUGAUCAGGCAGUUGAAGCUACGAAGAACGUCGAACUCGGAAACAAGGAGCUGUCACAAGCCAUACAGAGGAAUAGCAGCAGCAGGACAUUUCUUGUGCUAUUUCUAUUUGUACUUACAUUUUCAAUCCUUUUUCUUGAUUGGUACAGCUGAAUGUAAGAUAGGCCUUAGCUUGAUCAGUUUAUGCCAAAUCCAAGAGUCCCUAGGGGCUAGAGGAGCCUGUGAAGAUCGAGAUCUUUGUUUUCUUGAACGAUACUAUACAAUCGGUUCAGAAUUACAUGUAACAAAAUUUAUCUCCAGCACCAGCAGCAGCUCAAGCCGGCUUACUCAUAUAUUAUGAUGUGUUUAUGCAUUGGAAUACAAAAAGAACAGUUCAAUUGAAGUCACUGUAACUAGAAACAGAGCUUGACGCUUCCCCAUUGUCAUGAAAAUGAUUGCCUUUCGAUGUUCUCGUCUUCCCGGGAGGUGACUUCGUAUAAAAGCUACAGAGCAGGGAUGCAUAGGUGAGCUCAGAACGAAUGACCACAGUACUGGUGAGUCAUAUAUGUCUCUUCAAUCCUAGAGCAUUUUGUUCUAAAGAGACGCGAUUCAGAUCGAGAUUA